GGUCAAGUCAACAUGUGCUGAUGCAACCGGCAGAUAAGUUAUUUUUAUCUGGUAUUCAACACUAUAGGGCAAGUGAAAGUUUGUCAUUAACUUGAAUGUUUAAUAAAACACUAGAGUAAAUGGCUCAACAAGUUCCUGAGAAGAUUUCUUUUCCUCAGGAAGAGGAGAAAGUUCAGGCUCUCUGGAAAGAAAUUGAUGCAUUCAAAACAUCUCUAAAGCAGUCAAAAGGGAAACCAAAGUAUACUUUUUAUGAUGGACCCCCUUUUGCCACAGGUUUGCCUCAUUAUGGCCAUAUUCUAGCAGGUACCAUUAAAGAUGUAAUGACCAGAUGGGCCCAUCAGAGUGGAUUUCAUGUAGAGAGAAGGUUUGGAUGGGAUUGCCACGGUCUGCCUGUUGAGUAUGAAAUAGAUAAAACAUUGGGCAUCAAAGGUCCAGAAGAUGUAGCUAAGAUGGGUAUAGAGAAUUACAACAAUGAAUGUCGUAAAAUUGUUAUGAGAUAUUCUAAAGACUGGGAGCAUAUAGUAACAAGGUUAGGUAGAUGGAUUGACUUUGAGAAUGACUACAAGACCAUGUAUCCUUGGUUCAUGGAAACCAUUUGGUGGGUGUUCAAAGAACUGUUUAACAAUGGUCUCGUUUAUAGAGGUUCAAAGGUGAUGCCUUUUUCUACAGCUUGUAAUACACCUCUGUCAAACUUUGAGUCAGGACAGAAUUAUAAAGAUGUUGUAGAUCCAGCAGUGAUAGUGAGUUUCCCGCUCAUAAGCAAGCCAGGAGUAUCUGCCAUUGCAUGGACAACCACACCAUGGACACUCCCUAGCAAUCUCUCAUUAUGUGUCAAUCCAGAUGCAGAUUAUGUUCAAGUAAAAGACAAGGCAACAGGGAAGAUAUACAUAAUGAUGGAAGCCAGAUUAGAGGCUUUGUUUAAAGCACCAGAGGAAUAUACUAUUAUGGAGAGAAUGAAAGGAAAAGCAUUAGAAGGCUUGAAGUAUGAACCUAUUUUCCCUUACUUUAAAUAUAUGGGAGAGAAAAUGAAUGCCUUUAGGAUUUUGAAUGACGGCUAUGUAACAUCUGAAAGUGGUACAGGAAUUGUUCAUCAGGCUCCUUAUUUUGGAGAGGACGAUUACAAAGUAUGUUUGAAGUAUGGAAUCAUCACUAGAGAUAUGCAGAUCAUUUGUCCCGUGGACGCUAGUGGAAAAUUUACAGAGGAAAUUACAGAUUUCAAGGGUCUACAUGUCAAGGAUGCAGAUAAACUUAUUAUGAAAAAACUAAAAGAUAUUGGUAAAUUGGUGCAUCAAGGACAAUGUAAACAUAACUAUCCUUUCUGUUGGAGAUCGGAGACACCACUGAUUUACAAGGCAGUUCCCAGUUGGUUUGUACGUGUAGAACAGUGCACAGAACAGCUGCUAGAAAACAAUUCAAAGACAUACUGGGUACCUGAGUUUGUAAAAGAAAAAAGAUUUGCUAACUGGUUGAAAGAUGCAAGAGAUUGGGCUAUUUCCAGAAAUAGAUAUUGGGGAACUCCCAUCCCUAUCUGGAUAAGUGAUGAUGGAGAAGAGAUUGUUUGUGUUGGAUCCAUUCAAGAAUUGAAAGACCUUACAGGUGUAGAAGUAAAGGAUCUUCACAGGGAAACGGUGGACAAAUUAACAAUACCUUCAAAGUUGGGUAAAGGAACCUUAAAGAGAACACCAGAAGUGUUUGAUUGUUGGUUUGAGAGUGGAAGUAUGCCCUACGCACAACAACAUUAUCCGUUUGAACAUAAGAAAGACUUUGAUGACACUUUCCCAGCUGAUUUUAUUGCUGAAGGAAUUGAUCAAACUAGAGGAUGGUUUUACACUUUGUUAGUGUUAUCAACUUUGCUGUUUGGAAAACCACCCUUCAAGAAUCUCAUUGUGAAUGGACUUGUCCUUGCUUCAGAUGGACAGAAAAUGAGUAAGAGAAAGAAGAAUUAUCCAGAUCCAUUGACUGUUGUAAAUAAAUAUGGAGCUGAUGCACUUAGAAUGUAUUUAUGUAACUCACCAGCAGUCAGAGCUGAUUCCCUAAGAUUUAAGGAGGAAGGUGUGGAGAGAGUGCUAAAAGAUGUAUUCCUACCCUGGUACAAUGCAUACAGAUUUUUUAUGCAGAAUGUUGAGCGACUGGAAAGGGAAGAGGGUAUAAAAUUUGUGUACAGUGACAGUAAAACCGACAAGCCCACAAAUGUAAUGGACAGAUGGAUUCUAUCAUUCACACAGAGUUUGCUGAAGUUUGUCAAGGAGGAAAUGGGAGCCUACAGACUUUACACAGUGAUGCCAAAAUUGGUGAAGUUUGUAGAUAACUUGACAAAUUGGUAUGUUAGAAUGAACAGGAAAAGGUUAAAGGGAGAUGGUGGAGCUGACGAUUGUUACAUUGCCUUGGAAACUUUGUUCAGUGUUUUGUUUUCAAUGGUCAGAGUUAUGAGUCCUUUGAUCCCUUUCAUCACAGAGCACAUGUAUCAGAACUUAAAACAUUUGCUAGAGUCAGACUCUGCCAAGGAUUCUAGAAGUGUUCAUUUCUUGAUGAUCCCAUCACCAAGGGAAGCUUUAAUUGAUGCAAAGAUUGAGAGAGCUGUUUCUACCAUGCAGUCAGUUAUAGAACUUGGUAGAAUUGUAAGGGAAAGGAAAACUUUACCUAUCAAGUACCCCCUGAAAGAGGCUGUAGCCAUCAGUAGAGACCCAUCUGUAGUGGAAGAUGUGAAAUCAUUAGAAAGAUAUAUUCUUGAGGAACUAAAUGUGAGGAAAGUCACAACAACAACAGACAAAUCUAAAUAUGGUGCACAUAUGGAAGCUGAUGUCGAUUUUAAAGUAUUGGGGGCAAGACUGAAAGGAGAUGUUAAAAAAGUUGUUGCUGCUGUCAAGAAACUAUCUAGUGGUCAAUUGGAGGAAUUCCAGCAGACAGGUACCAUAGUGGUAGAAGGGUAUACCCUAGAGGAGGAAGAUCUAAAAAUAGCCUACAAGUUUGAUUCUACUGCAGAUGUCACACCUGAUCAGUAUGAAGCUCAUUCUGAUAAAAAGGUGUUGGUACUAAUGGAUGUAUCACCUGACCAAAGUAUGUUGGACGAAGGAAUUGCUAGAGAAGUUAUUAAUCGUGUCCAGAAACUUAGAAAGAAGGCGGGACUGGUUCCUUCAGAUGACAUUACUGUAUUCUACCAGGCAUCAGGUAACCUGAACAACAUUAUAACCACAUUCUUAGAUUACAUCAAAACAGCUCUGAAGCAGCCGUUAUCACCUUAUCCUGUGGUUGGUAGUAUGGAGAAAAUCAUUGAUGAGUCUCAAAAGGUGAAGACAGACAUGUUAGAUUUAACAAUAGUAAAAGGACAUGGUGGGAAAGACAGUGGACUGGUUACCUGUACAUUAACACCUAGACUGGAACCUGCUCCUGUUAAGAAUGGAGUAAAACCAGCUUGUAGUUAUAUCAAUGUAGAACUUAUUGGGUGUGGUCCUCAAGAAGGGGUAUUUGGUAACCAAGGAACCAUACUACUGGAGAAUCCUAAAGGUUGUAUGAUCUCCAGUGUAGAGAAGCUCAAAGAACAGAUGAAAUUAUUAUUUGGAUUAAGAGGAAGACGUGUAGACAUUUUCACAGACAAUUCAUUAACAAAAGAACUUUCUGGUGCGGCAAAAGUGUCAAGUUUAAAUGGACAGACUAUUUAUCUUGCUCCUUAUACUGGUGCACUCACGGGACUUUGUGCUCCACCCUCAGUGUCUUCUCCAUACUGCCAUUUUGCAAAUGUUAACGAUAAACAAAUGGGAUGUGUGCUGUUGGAAAAUCCAAGAGGUCAAAAAUUUUCUGUUGAAGAAGUUUAUAAACAGGUGCAGAAAUUGUACAAUAAAGAUGGAAUAAAACUCAGCCAAUCAGCAGAUAAGAAGAAAACUCUGUCGUCUGCUUCAGUCAAAGAUGUCUUUGAGCUUCAUUCAACAACAUUAUAUCUAUCUUGAUGAAUGUUUGUGUUAGGACAUUGUUGAAUGGCACACAGAACUUAUUUAUAAAGCAACAUUUAAAAAUACAUAUAAAUCCCAAAGUGUUAGUGUUUUGUUUGUCCGACAUAAUUGUGAUUUUAAUUUAUUUAAAUAAUUCUUAGAAAAAAAACAAGUUUGAAAUUCAUCAAUAACUAAAGAUUUUUAUCUGUAAUGAUUGCUUCUGUUCCUGUUGUAUCAACUAGGAUAUUGCAUUGAGACAAAGUUACUUCUUUUUACAGAAUUCCGUUUUUAUGAGUUAUUAUAAUGAUAAUUUAAAGACAUAUACAUUUUUAACAAUCUCUUAUAUAAAUUAUUAACUAAAGAUUUUACAGUUCAUAAAAAGAGGAAACCCUUCUCUACUUAAUCUGCUAUCUUCAUUUAAGUUUUAAUUCCAGGGAUUCUGUUCCAGUACGUUUCAUGAUUGGUUGAACAUUCUGAUGUUAAUUAGGACUUAAAUAACUACAUUAGCAAAUUUUUGAAAUUUUAUUUUUUUCUGAAAUAGAAAGAGAAAACAAUACACCUUAUCGCCAUUACUGGACAUCACACAUGUUCUCCUAAAAUUGUGACAUCAUAAUACUAAAUAUCUGAUGCCACAAUGGAAAAGUGAUUGUUGUCUGAGGUUACAAAAAAUUCAAGUGGGACAUAUUCUCAGGUCAGCUGGGAAAAGCGAUAAGGUGUAUAGGAAACUUCUAAGAUAGUUUCUUAACAUCUAAUCCCAUUUUACACACACCAGCUACAUGAUUACAGAAGGGAUAUUUUAGAUAGGUUAUCUACAGGAAAUAUCGCCUUUCCUGACCAUAGGUAUUUAGCGGGGCGAGGGAUCAAAAUAGAAAGGUGGUGGAAUAGUUAAUCUUAAAAUCCUUCUUAUGAAAAAGAUCGGAUAAAUGCAUAGAAACAUGUCUUGUGAUACGACUUAGCUCCAUGAUGAAACAGCCAGUAGCUUGAAUCUCCCAGAGUAUUUAUAGUGUUUAGUGACAACCAUAUUUAAUUGUGCACAUACUUUCUGUGGUGCCAGGUCUUUCUCUUUUUACUUCUAUUUGCAAAGAAUGUUGAAUUGUUAGUUUAUUAUUGUAGUGUGCUAUUUCUUUAAAAUAAUAGAUACUAAAAUUAAGAAUUUGUGUUCUGUUUUUUAUUAGAUUAUUUAUAUGGAAAAUUAAUUAUACAGAUAAAGUGCUAAUUUAAUUUAAUAUAUUUAUGUUUAUCAUGUACUUGUUGAAAAUACAUAUACUUUUA